AUGGGCGCGUUUAACAGAGGCUACGCUCAGACUCUUCAAGGCUUCUGGCUUCAAGCUGGAAUUACUCUAUGCUCCGCAUGGGCGUUCACUCUCUUCGGCUAUGACCAGGGGGUCCUCGGCGGACUGAUUGCGCUGCCCAACUUCCUAUCGGCCAACAAAAUCGAUCCCAAAGAUGCCGACUUACAAGGCACCAUUGUCGCGAUUUACGAUAUCGGGUGCCUCACAGGCUGCAUCCUCGUGGGGUUCGUGGGCCAGAAACUCGGCCGCCGCCUGUUCAUCGUGAUCGGGGGCGUGCUGCUCUGUGUCGGUGCAGGUUUACAAGCCGGUGCAAGGGGUAGUGCCUACUUGAUUGCCGGGCGAGUCAUUGGCGGCAUAGGCAUGGGGUUUAACACAACCAUGGUCCCCAUCUGGGUUGCAGAGACAUCCAAGGCAGCGACUCGGGGUGCAUUGAUCGCAACUCAACUGACCAUAGUGAUACUGGGCUUGACCAUCGCCUACUGGUUUGAUUUUGGAAUGCUCCGCCACCAUAGCGGGACGUCUGCUGUGUGGCGUCUACCGAUCGCGUUCCAGGUUGUCUUCAUUCUCCUUACCUGGGCCACCAUAUUCUUCCUGCCAGAGUCUCCGCGCUAUCUUUAUGCGAAUGGCCAUAUCGAGGACGCCGACGACAUCAUGGCGCGGAUCUAUUCUGUGCCUGUUGAUAGCGUGGAGGUUGCCAACCAUCGCUCGGAUGUGUUGGCGGCCCUCGAGGCAGAGAAAGAAUCGGAAUUCGGCUGGAAGAACUUUUUCUAUGACACCUCGCCUGUCCGCACGACUUGGAGGCUUUGGCUCGGCGUGCUCGUACAAUUCUUCCAACAAAUGGAUGGAAAUAAUAUCGUCUCCUACUAUGCAACGUACCUCUUCAUCAACUCACUUGGCAUGUCACAAAAUCAGGCCGCAAUUACAUCGGGAGGGGUCACCUUGCUCUUCCUUGGUGGCACAUGCACGACUAUCUGGACAGUCGAACAUCUCGGUCGACGCACCGUUAUGCUCUAUGGAGCCAUUUUCUGCUCCAUAUUUAUGAUUUUGUUCACGAUUGGUCUGGCAGUCAACACCGACUCAUCGAACAAGCUUGCCGUGGUCAGCAUCUUCCUUUUCGAGUUUUGCUUCGGCGCAUCUUGGUGUCCGCUGCCUUGGGUCGUGGUUCCGGAAAUUGUGCCCCUGAAUCAACGGCAUGUGGGUACAGCAAUGGGGGUUUUUACACAGUGGUUUAUCACCUUCAUCGUGGUCAAGUUCGGACCUAUGGGCAUCCAAGACAUUGGGUGGCGCUUCUAUCUGCUGUUUUGUGUGUUUAAUGUUCUGGCGGUGGUGUUUGUCUAUUUCUGCGUCAAAGAGACGAAAGGCCUCAGCUUGGAAGAGAUCGACGUGCUGUUUGCCCGAAAGGAGUACAAGCAUGUUCUUCAGGCCAGGCUCCGGGGGGACCGGGAAGCCGAGGACAAAGGUAGCGCUGAAGAACACGAGGUGGUUCAAGAGAAAGUGGAGAUGAAGUAG